AUGGGUAAUAUAAACUCGCUGUUCACAACGAAUCCCUCCGAAAUUCUACCAGUCGAAGCGUAUUUAUCGGAUUUAUGUGAAACUGCAGAAAAUCUCGGUUCCACGAGAUUUAUGAAAGUUGCCAAGGGAAAAACCAGCGAAGGAAUAUUUGUAUAUAAAGUUUUUGUGCGACAAGACAAUUCGAGUCUAAAUCCAUAUCCAGAAAAGCUGAUAGAAAUUCGAAAUUCGCUGGCGAAAUCUCCAAAUUGUUGCGCGGUCAAAAAAGUUGUUAUAAAACAAAAAUGUGCGGUGGUUUUGAGGACGUAUCAGAAAAAUACGCUUUUCGAUCGAAUGAGCACACGGCCUUUUGUGAUUCAGGCCGAGAAAAUCUGGUAUAUCUAUCAGUUAUUCAAGGUAUUCAUUGAAAUCUCAUUUGUAAAUUUCCACGUAGUUCUCGAGGAGAAGUGAGCAAUUUUCCAUACCGAAAAUUGGUAUGGAAAAUGUAACUCGUUCGCGAGAACUACACAUUUUGGUAUGGAAAAUCGAAAGAAACUCCGGAAAAAAAACUGAAAACAGAUGAUUUUUCCAGGGUCUAGCACAAUGCGAAGCUGCAAAUGUUUGUCACGGCGAUUUGAAAUCGCAAAACAUCCUAAUUUCUUCAAGCAAUUGGCUACAAAUCACCGAUUUUGCGCCCUUCAAACCCACGUUUUUGCCCAAAGAAAAUCCAUCGAGUUACACGUUUUUCUUCGAUACAAGCAGACGACAAAGUUGUUAUAUUGCACCUGAAAGAUUUCUGAAUACCAAUGAAUAUGAGAUUUGUCAGAAUGGUGGAAAAUUGUUUGGUGGAUUGAAGAGUAGCAUGGAUAUGUUUAGUGCUGGUGAGAUUUUGUGGGAAUUUUUGAAUUGGGCCCGAAAUUUUGAUGAGAAAUGUGCCAAGAAAUGAAUUUUAUACGUUUUUCUGUUAAAACGUGACAUUCCACGUAUUUCAGUUUGCGAAAAAUGCGGAAUUUUCAAAUUCUCUCUCAUUUUCUAUUUAAAAAAGGAGUGAAUUCAGUGAGUUUCUUUUAUUUUUCCACACCUAUAUUUGUAGUUCUCGCGAAUAAGCAUAUUUUUCCAGCCCACUUUUGGGUUGGAAAAAUUUUUCCAACCCAAAAGUGGGCUGGAGAAAUAUGCUUCUCCGCGAGAACUACAUUUUUCAGUGUGGAAAAAAUCACUCUGCUUCUCUGGCAAAUUUUCCUAACCAAAUUUUGGUAUGGAAAAAUAUGCUUCUCCGCGAGAACUACAAUUUUUGGUGUUGAAAAUUGCCUCCAAUCGAUUGAUUUCUUUGCAGGUUGCAUUGUUUACGAACUUCUCUGCGAUGGUCGUGCUCCAUUCACCUACAGUACUUUAUGCGAAUAUCAAUCAAUGUCAAAUUCCGAAGCCAACAAUCAUUUGGCUCGUCUCCAACAAGACAUUCCUCCACAAUUUCGCGCACUUCUCAAACUUCUUCUAACUCGCGAACCAACUCUGCGUCUCUCUGCAAAUGCCGUGCUCUCUGGAGCUGCUUUUAGUUUUCCACCGAUUCUUGAAAAUUUCCUAUUCAAAUAUCUCGAUUUGUUCCGACCUUUGUAUCAUGGAGAAUUCAAGAAUUCUGCGAAUUCCAAUAAAUCUGAUUCAGAUUUCAGUCAACCUUUGGAUUUUUCAUAUAUGGAACCGGAUGAUGUUAUUGCAAAAUUGAAAAAGGAGAAAAAUCUAUGGCUAUCAAAAAUAUCUGAAAAUCCAGACAAUCAGAAGUUUGGAGUAUUAUUUGUCUCCCUAAUAACCUCAAAUUUGCGUGGACUUCGAACAAUUCAAUCAAAAACUGAUGCAAUGGAUUUGCUAGUCGAAUUAGGAGCCAUUUCUGAGUCUUCCAUUUCAAUCGAUCGAAUUUUGCCAUAUUUUGUACAUUUUAUGAAUGACGCAGAAACCCAAGUGCGCUCUAUGGCAAUUCGACUUAGCGCUGAUCUUUUGGAGUCGGUUCAACCUAUGACGUAUGAGGAGAGCUUGCUUUUUGUGGAUUAUUUGUUUCCGGAGAUUGUAAGUGGCAUUUUUAGCCCUUUUUCAUCAAUUUUUCAUUUUAGAGCUCAUUAAUGACUGAUGAUUGUCCACAACACGUUUUAUUCUCAAUUGCCUUGUCUUUGGGAAGCCUAGCCGAUUCGGCCUAUCGAUUUUUGAAGGCUGGAAGAGAAAUUCGAAGUGGUAGUUAUGAUGAUGAAGUUUCGACGGCUGAAAAUUUGGAUACGAUUCAGCAAACUUAUUCUGGUAUGAAAUUCAACUAAAAUCAUGAUUUUCAAGCUAAAAAUCGUGAAAAAUGAUGAAUUGCCUUUUCUUUUUUCCAUACCAAAAUGUGUAGUUUUCGAGGAGAAGCGUUUUUUCCAAACGAAAAUUUGGGUUGGAAAAUUGCGCUUCUCCACGAGAACUACAAAUUUUAGUAUGGAAAAAGGGAACACUGAUUUCGGAAUCAAUUUUUUUUUCCGUAUAAACGCAAUUUUUGCUCAAAGGCUUGAAAUUAAGAGUUCUUCAAGAUUUCCAGAGAAAAAUAAUUCAUUCAUUCUUAUUUCAGACGAUUCGGCCGCCCUUCAUCAAGGAAUUUCGGCGAUUUUUUCGUCGUUGUGUAGUCGCGAUCCAAAUGUGAAACUGUGCCUGGUUGAACCGAAAUCGCUCAAAAAAUUGUGUCAAUUUUUCAAAGAUGUUGGAAGUGAGUUUUUUUGCUAAAAAUUCACCGAAAUUCCACAUUUUCUUGCAGAUGGCGACAAUUUGCUGACAUUCCUCAUCACAUUUCUCAACGCAAAAAUCGAAUGGCGUCUCCGAGCCGCCUUUUUCGACGCCCUCCUAAUUUCCGUUCAAAAUCGUAGUGUCGGCCUGGUUCCACUUCUACAACAAGGUUUGCAAGACAAUGAAGAAUAUGUGGUUUUGCGUGCACUUGGUUGUAUUCACAUUUUUAUCAUGAGAAAUGAUAUUUUGGAGAAACAAGAAAUUAAAGUGCUGCUAAAUGAGAUUGUUGUGUUUUUGGUGCAUCCAAAUGAAUGGAUAAGAUCAGCGGUUUGCGAUAUUUUGGUUGGAAUCAAUGAAAAAUGGCAUAUGGCUGAUGUUCAUGUUAAAGUUUUGCCACAAGUUACACCGUAUGUUAUGGAGUCGAAAAGGAAAUUGUUAAGCUUGCGAAGUAAAAUUGUUUUGAUGAGUGUUCUGAUUCCACCAAUCGAUCGAUCUACUUUCACAAAAAUGGCGGAACUUAGCUUGGAAAAUACCAAAACCCUGGUGGACACUUUGGAACUGCAUUAUGAGAAGAAUCGGCCGUUUGAAGUGGCGAAACACUGGUUUACAUCGAUUUUUCCGAAAGUUGAAAAUGAGAAGGAUUUGGAGGAGAGGAAGAGGCUUUUAGGUAGGUUUUUUUGUUUUCCACAAUAAAAUGUGUACAGUUCGUGAGGAGAAGCAAGAUUUUUCCAAACCAAAAUUUGGGCUGGAAAUUUUGUUGAAGACGCAGAGAAGCAGAGUAAUUUUUUCCAUACCAACUUUUUCCAACUGUUGGUAUGGAAAAAUCUCGCUUCUCAUCGAGAAUUACAAAUUUUGGUAUGGAAAAUAUAAUUUUUCAUUUCUGCAUUAAAUUUAUGAUUUUCAAGCCUAAAUUUCACUUUUUCAGCCACAAUUUUCCCAUUCCGCGGACUUUUGCUGAAAAUGGCGGAUACAAGAAACACUGCUGGAUUGGAGAGCUUUAUGACACGACAAAAUGGGACGAUUGAUUUGAGCAGCAAACAAUACACGAAAAUUCGCCAACGGAAAUUUGUAUAUGGGAAAAAUGAUGAAAAAGAGGAUAAGCUGACUAUCAAUUCGCCAACAAUUGUUUUGGGAGGUGUUUUGGAGGGUGAAAUUCCGCUGGAAGAGGAGAGAAUUAAUAAUACAGCGGGAGGAAAUACAAGUGAGUCUUUUUUGGGGGGAAAUAUGAAUUUUAGACCUGAAAUUGUUCAAAAAUCCAAUUUUUGCAGUGCGAAGCUCGAUUUUCGAACACCAAGUCAAUUCAAUGCUUGCUCAUAUGAAUGAAAUUCACCAGCGCAACGUUACGUCGAAACGCAGUGCAAUGAUUCAUUCGGCAGUUGGUGGAAGUGGAAUGUUUGGUCGACCGAAUAGCACGAUUAAAGGGACAAUUAUUACGCAUUUACACGAGCAUUCAGCGAAGAUUACGAAGUGAGUUUGGCUAGAAAUUGAUUGAAAAUUCGGAUUCAGCGCGAAAUUUUGAUCUAGACUGCAUUUUGUUUAUUUUCCAAACCAAAAUUUGGAGUUCUCGAGGAGAAGCGAGAAUUUUCCAUACCAAAAUUUCGGUUGGAAAAAUGUUGAAGGAAUUUUCCAACAUUUUGGUAUGGAAAAAUCUCGCUUCUCCUCGAGAACUACACAGUUUGGUAUGGAAAAUAAGCACAAUUCUGUCUUUAUCAAAAUUUCGCGCUGAAUCCGAAUUUUCAGGGAAAAAUUUAUGAUUUUCUAUCAUUUAGAAAUUAAUAACUACCAUAUUUUCAGACUUGCUGCAACUCGUUCCGCAGAAUCAUUUGCAAGUGGAAGCGCCGACGGAACAGUUCGAAUUUGGCGAACAAAAUCGGUUUUGGGUGAAGGUUACGGUGCAGUUCGAAGUGAAGACACGUGGAUUCCAUCGGAAAAUCGGCAAAAAGUCAAAUCGAUCGGCUGGAAUGAGAAUUAUUUGUGUGCGGCCACAGAAGACGGUGUAAUUCGAUGGGCUGAUGUUUCGAAUGGCGGUGCCAAGCUGCAAACGAUGCUCCGAAUUCCGGAAGACGAAGGACCGCCUGUUUUUAUGCAGACAAAUGGAGCGAUGACUUUUGUGCGAACACAUCACGGUGUACUGUAUGGGCUGGAUUUGAGAGUUGGACAAACUUCCGGUGGAUUGGGAAGACAUGAAGUUUGGAGAAGGAAAUUGAGAGAUGAUCAUGGAUUGGUGGGUUUUUUGCUAGAAUUUUCAGCGAAAUUUUGAAAAUUUCAGCAAAUUUCAAAUGCAUUAUGUUGUUGCUUUUGAAAUUCUCUACAAAAUCAUUUUUAUUUUGUAAAUUUUUGAAAACCUGAAAAUCGCUUCUAAAAUUGACAUUUUCCAUACCAAAAUUGGUAGUUCUCGAGAAGAAGCGAUUUUUCCUACCGAAUUUUCGGUAUGGAAAAAAUCACUCUGCUUCUCUGGCAAUUUUUCCAUACCAAAGUUGGGUUGGAAAAUUUUAUUGUGGGAACAUAGAUCGCAUCGCUCCCCCUGCAGGGGCCAUUAGGGUCUAUCACUGAGGUUCAAGUUUUGUAUGGAAGGCGCAAGCCUUCCAUGAAAAAAAAAAUUUUUGUUCUCAAAAAAAAAAUUUAAAAAUUUUGCAACACCAUUGCUCUUGGCAGGAAUCGAUCCAGCGACUUUCAGCGUUAUAAGCUCGAGCCCUAACCACUGCGCCAAGCUUCCACUUUUCUUCCCAUUCUUCUUUUUUAAAGAUAUGAUUGGUGAGAUGAGAGAUAGAAAAGAGAAGAGAUCAUCAGCUUGAAGAAAAUUUGCAUAUUUUCAGUCUGACAAUUGUCAAAAUAAUACUUGAACGAGUAAAAGUUGAAACAUGAAACUUGGCACACAUAAAAUUAAGCGUAUUCUGAAGGAUAUUGAACAAUAAAAUCGGAGGGGCAGACCCUAGAACUCAAGGUGCACACCCUGUCCACUGAAGAGGCCUUUUUUGGCUAGUUUAGGGGACCGGGUAUGCACCUCACUUCUGAGUCAUUAUUUCGUGUAGAACUUUUUAGAACUUUAUAGUAGAGGAAAUUUGCUAACUUUCCAUUCAAAAAUAUCCUAGAAAACCUUACUAAAAUGUCAUUUCCUUGAGGGGUGAAAAUGUGCAUUUUUUACAAAAAAAAUUUUUUUUUGAAAUUGAAGGAAAUUCAAGAUUUGAUUUUCGUUUGUUCUUCAAAUCAAACUACUGACUUAAUUUGAGCCACUGAACAACGUGGUGGCCUCAAAUACUACCAGAAACUUUUCCAAAACGAGUUACAGUAAUUGCCAAAAAGAUGGAUACUUUUGAUUUUUGCUAUUAACCACUUAACCUUUUUCAAAUCAGGCACAAAUUUUUUUGAGCUAUUUGGGUCUCUAGUGCAUACAAUUCUGAGAUAUUUUCUGAAACUUUUUUAGUGGUGGCCUUUCAGAUCAUUAAAGCUGAUUCUGAAAAUUUUCAGUUUUUCAAAACUAACUUGAAAACUUCAAUUUUGCCACAAAUAGUAGUUUACUCAGCCUAUGCCUUAAUAUAUAUAUAUAUUUCACCUAUUAAUUCCAACUCUGAUACUACAUUUUCAUUCAUUAUGAGUUCUAUUCCGAUAGUUCCAGUGAGACCAUCUAGAAAAAUUGUUAUGACCCAAAAAAUCGAUUUUCAUGGCAUAUUAUUAUUGGAUUUUCGAUAAAACACUUCAAUUUGAGCAUGCCUAAUCCUAAAUAUCAUUAUUGAAUCGAAACCCGAUGUAUUUUGUAUGAUUUUGACAUUGAUGGAAUUCGGAUGUUUCUCUCGAUCUUCGACUGGAGACCAUCGAGGAAAUCAAAAAUUGAUGGCCACCACGUUGUUCAGUGGCUCAAAUUAAGUCAGUAGUUUGAUUUGAAGAACAAACGAAAAUCAAAUCUUGAAUUCCUUCAAUUUCAAAAAAAAAAUUUUUUUGUAAAAAAUGCACAUUUUCACCCCUCAAGGAAAUGACAUUUUAGUAAGGUUUUCUAGAAUAUUUUUGAAUGGAAAGUUAGAAAAUUUCCUCUACUAUAAAGUUCUAAAAAGUUCUACACGAAAUAAUGACUCAGAAGUGAGGUGCAUACCCGGUCCCCUAAACUAGCCAAAAAAGGCCUCUUCAGUGGACAGGGUGUGCACCUUGAGUUCUAGGGUCUGCCCCUCCGAUUUUAUUGUUCAAUAUCCUUCAGAAUACGCUUAAUUUUAUGUGUGCCAAGUUUCAUGUUUCAACUUUUACUCGUUCAAGUAUUAUUUUGACAAUUGUCAGACUGAAAAUAUGCAAAUUUUCUUCAAGCUGAUGAUCUCUUCUCUUUUCUAUCUCUCAUCUCACCAAUCAUAUCUUUAAAAAAGAAGAAUGGGAAGAAAAGUGGAAGCUUGGCGCAGUGGUUAGGGCUCGAGCUUAUAACGCUGAAAGUCGCUGGAUCGAUUCCUGCCAAGAGCAAUGGUCUUGCAAAAUUUUUAAAUUUUUUUUGAGAACAAAAAAAUUUUUUUUUAAUGGAAGGCUUGCGCCUUCCAGACAAAAAUUAGGGUGUAUCACUCGCGAAUUUUUUGAAAUAGGGUGUAUCACUUUGAGGUUCAGAGGGGAAGAUUGCGAUGUAUGUGUGGGAAUAUCGCUCCUUCGCGAGAACUACAAAACUGGAUGUGCAAAAUUUGCGAAAUUCUUCCUCGAUCAAAGUUUCACGUUGAAUACCAAUUUUUGCAGAUUAAUUGCUCGGCAAUCGAUCCUUGGCAACAAUCGUGGAUGAUUUUGGGAACAAAUAGUCAUCUAAAAAAUAUGCUCCUCUAUGAUUUACGUUUCAAAGAAGAAGUUCUUCGCUGGGAUUCACCUCAUAAAUAUAUUCGACCAAGUGGAGUUUGGGCAAAUCCCGCUUCAAAUUGUGAUAAACCCGAUAUUUUUGUCGCAUUUAAUAUGCACGGAGAAGUUUCGAAUUUUGAAAUUUGUGCUCAACCGAUUAGAAAACGUGUAUUAUGGACUGGAGGAACACCAGUUAUGAAUUAUGAGCCACAAAAGAAUAAUAAAACACAUGCGGACUUGUCGCAACUCCAAACUAAAGCCUGUGUUAUUUGUCCAUCGACGGGAAAUGUUUACACGGGAGAUUCAAGGGGAACAAUUCGAAAAUGGAAUGUGAAUAAAGCAUCGAAUUGUGAAGUUAUAUCAAGUCAACCAGUUAGUCGAGGAACACAUCGAACGAUUUUUUGAGGAUUGUGUUGGAAAUGAUGAUUUGUUGUGUAUUUAUGAACGACAUAUUGUUGAUACGGAAGCCAAAGAGAAUCGAAGAAUUGUGCCGUUGGAUUCGAAGGUGAGCUGGGGACCGGAAAUUUGAAAUCAGCGCAAAAUUUUGAUCUAGAAACAUGUUUCCAAUUUCCACACGGAAAUGUGUAGUUCUCCCGGAGAAGCGCGUUAUUUUCCACACCGAAAUUUCGGCUGGAAAAUUUGAUGAAGAGAUGCAGAGAUGCAGAGAAAUUAAUUUUCCAACCCAAUUUUCGUGUGGAAAAAAUUUACUUCUCCUCGAGAACUACACGUUUUGGUUUGGAAAAUUUGAAAAUGCGUUCUAGAUCAGAAUUUUGCGCUGAAUCCGAAUUUUCUAUCAAAAAUCCUUAAUUUCUUUCAGCCCUCAACUUAUCAUCGAACUCCAAUCACAGAUUUGCUACUUUUAGCGCCGGAUUUGAUGCUUUCCUCGAGUUUUGAUGGAAUUAUUAAAGUUUGGAAAUAA